UAAUACAAAAUACCAAAAAAAAAAAAGAAAAAAAAAAAAAAGAAAGAGAGAAGGAAGAGGAGAUGUGGGACCCAUCCAACAAUGCCAGAAAGGGGGGCGACAUUGAAGCCGGGCUCCCGCACCUCUACCCUGGAAUGCAAGAGAGCCCCCAGUUGCGAUGGGCUUUCAUCCGCAAAGUUUACGCCAUCCUCUCCAUCCAAUUUCUGAUGACCCUUGCCGUGGCCUCUAUUGUCAUCUCCGUCGAUCGCAUCUCCAACUUCUUCGCCCAUUCCGCAGCCGGAAUCGGGGUCUAUAUCGCCAUCUCUAUCUUCUCAUUUAUCGUUUUGUUUCUUCUGUAUCUCUGCCAUCAGAAGCAUCCCUGGAAUUUGCUUCUCCUUGCUUUGUUCACUGUCUCCAUCAGCUUUCAAGUUGGAUUGGCUUGUGCCUUCAGCAGUGGAAAGGUUGUUCUUGAAGCUGUCAUUCUAACGACCGUGAUCGUCGUGAGCCUUACCCUCUACACAUUCUGGGCGGCUAGCAGAGGGCAUGAUUUCGGGUUCCUGGGGCCCUUCUUGUUUGCUGGCCUCAUGAUGCUCAUGAUUUUCUCUUUUAUCCAGAUCUUUUUCCCAUUAGGUAAGAUAUCAACAAUGAUCUUCGGGGCCGUGGCGGCCCUCAUAUUCUGCGGCUACAUCAUCUAUGACACUGAUAACCUGAUCAAGCGCUACUCAUACGAUGAGUACAUCGUUGCGGCUGUCUCUUUGUAUCUCGACAUUGUCAAUCUCUUCUUGGCGCUGCUUCAAAUCUUAAAUGCAGCUGACAGUUGAAAGAGGUGUCCUUCGUUUAAGAGAUUCAAUCAAGUAAAAUUGCAUUGGUUUUAUUUGAAUAAAUCCUAAACUUUUUCAUAUAGUUGUCAGUCAUUAGUUAGUUGAAAUUAAUGGUGAUUUUAUGUUAUAUGAACAAAAUGUAUAAAUGAAUAGUCUAUGAUACCAGUGGUAAUCAUACAUAGAUUACCAAUUUUGGUAUUUUGUGAAGGGAGCCUUUGUACUUCAUUUUAUUGGUCAACACCAGCCAUAUAUUCAUUUAAUUGAUAACAUUGA